UCCUCUACCGGCCCCUCGUCCCAAAAUACCUAAAAGCCAAUGGAGUGGGAAAACCCGGGACCCCGGGCAGAGGGAGAGGCUAAAGCUGCUGGAUUGCUGGGGCGGGGGGCAUCCAUUUAGGACCCGGGUUAGCCCAGGAGCUGCUGAACGCUUGGAUUCCUCUUGGGACUGUGGUGACUUGUGGAUAGCAGGCGUGCUCUGCUGAUUCAUUUUCAUCACCGUCAACAUGGUGAUCAAAGUCUUUGUAGCCACAUCUUCAGGGUCUACAGCGAUCAAAAAGAAACAGCAAGAAGUAGUCGGCUUUUUAGAGGCCAACAAGAUUGAUUUUCAGCAAAUGGACAUAGCAGGUGACGAAGACAACAGGAAAUGGAUGAGAGAGAAUGUCCCAGGUGAAAAAAAGCCUCAAAAUGGAAUUCCCCUCCCUCCACAGAUCUUCAACGAGGAGCAGUAUUGUGGGGAUUUUGAAUCCUUUUUCUCUGCUAAAGAAGAAAAUAUUAUUUAUUCAUUCCUGGGUCUUGCUCCUCCUCCGGGCACAAAGGAGACUGAAAAGUCUGAUGCCACGGACGAAACUGAGGCACACACGGAAGACAAGGCAGAUGAAGGGGCUCAUGAAGAGGCUCAGUCUGCUCAGUCACCAUCAGAAGAUCAACAGGAAAGCAAGGAAGAACAUGCAGCAACAGGGGAAGAAGAAGAAAAGCAGGAAGAGGGAGAAGAAAAGGAAGAGGUGGAGAAGCAAGAAGAGUCUUAGUACAGUUCCCUAUGACACAUUCUUUCUUGAACAGGUUUUCAGGAAGCACAAGCUGGAGCAGCCCCGCCAAAGAAAAUAAAAUCACUCACUCAAGCAAACCAUCACUACCUUUCAUGCCUGUAGACAUAUGAACAUAUAAAUACCUAACAGAACGAAGACACCGCACUGUCCUACCUGUGGCCUUUAUAUAUAUAUUUGGUAUUCCAAUUGCUUGUUAAAAUGGGUCUUCUUAUAUCUGACUGAUGAUAUUUCAGUUGAUUGUUAUAUGUUGGCAUAGUAUUGUCCAUGUCACAUUUUAGAUUGUAAGCUCCUCAGGGCAGGAACCAUGUCUUUCUCCAUGUUUAUCUACUGCCAAACACAUGGCUGCCAAUCAGCAGAUACCUGCACCCACAGAAGUGAUGUAUUCAGAGAAAAAUUCUGCACUGAAAACUGCAAAGAGGCUUCUUAUAUAUAAGCUAUGUGAGUCACUUCUCCCUCAGCUGGCUUUUGAAAAUGAUUGAGAUUUGCAUUGUACAGCAGUUUAAAUAAAUGCUUUUUCUGUCAUAUCUGUUCUUUGUCUGCAAAAGUAUUAAUUUAACCCUAGCAAGCUGUGCUAAGAUCUGUGAAGUUAUGUUUUCUCCAUCGUUACGGUUGUAGGCUAUACGAAGUCCUUCACCUUGCCUUACGCUCGUGCUGAUGUUUCUGGUGUUGUGUGUAAGACCCCAACCGUGAGGAUACAUGAUCUGCAUUGAAGGAAAGAGAUGUUCCAGCCUCUUCUACUGAAGCCUUGUCAGUCUUUAUGGAUACAUCCGUAUUCACUGGGCCAGGGAGGCAGAGAAAAUUAAUCCACCUUCACGCCAUAACUGUUGGUUAGAAGUUCACUGAGGAAGAUGGAGCUUAGAUUUCAGUCCCUUGCCCAAUUACUUUUUGUGAAAUUUAUAAAAACUGCUUAUAGAGGAAGGGAGGGGAUGAGAAAUGCUUAUUGCCAAAGUAGCCCAUAGCUUCAUAGACAAAGCAAUCCCCAAAGGAACCACGAGUUUAUGUUUAACUCUGAUCAAGAAGAUGCUGGCUUUUCAAGCUGAGAUCUCCUAUACUGCGAGUGCUUGAACAAUAACCAAACAAAUAAAAUGGAAGAAAAAUUUGUGGAGGUUUCCU